AUGUCUCACAAUCACUCUCAUUCCGGUCCAUGUGGGCACGACCAUCACCACGACGACGAUUCUCACGUCAAGCCAGGCGAAGGAGAUCAGGAUCUUCUGUACAGCAGUAUCGAUCGCGACCGCAUCACCACGCUCAACGAAACCGUAUCUGGCUCAGGAUCAGCUAUCAUCAAGACGUGGGAUAAGCGCAACGAUCCCGAACCCGAACUCAUCUCCGACGCAGACGACCAACUCAUCCUCCACAUCCCCUUCACCUCGCCCGUCAAACUAUCCACCUUCCUCCUACGUCCCUCCUCCAACCCCGACAACACACCACGAACCAUCAAACUCUACAAGAACUUGCCAGAAUCGGUCAUCAACUUUGACGACAUCCCAUCCCUACCCGCUUCCAAAGUCACCACCACGCUCGACUCAAUCCCAACAGUAAGCGAUACUUCAGAGGUGAUCGCGUUUCCUCUUCAGCAAGUCAAAUGGUCAAACACAGACUCGAUCACCAUCUUUGUCGAACAAAGCUUGGGCGGCAACAACACUGGACUCACUUUUGUUGGAUUCAAGGGCAAGUCUACCGGCAUCAACAGACAGGCCCCACAGAAUAUCGUCUACGAAUCAGCUCCCCAACUCAAAGACCACAAGGUCGGCUCCGACUCCCUCGCUGCCUCCCACGGCUUCGGCCAUUGA